UCCUCUCUUCGUGAAGUCGUGUGUACUACAGCUGAGAUAGUCCUAUAAAUUCUUGAGUGUUUGCAGAUCGCAUCCUCAUAGGAGAAUGGAAAAGAUCGAGGAGGUGUAGGGGCAGGAAAACAAGCGAACCAAGGGAGCGUAGCUAAAGCUGUGUUUACUGCUCACUGGGAUAAACGCAGACUUCCACGCAGUCCUCCACCGCCGAGGAAACUCACUGGAUGCAGAGAGCGUGCACGCUGAUUACACAAACAAAUUCAGAAAGGAAGAUAUUUUAAAGGGUGGUUAUUCGAAUACACCCUAAAGUGGAAUAAGCAUUUGCAUUCACCAACGAUGGGCUUCAGCUGUCGGAACUAAGGCUCACUGUUCUCUAGUUGUUCGGAUGACUGCAGCCCCUCAUGGCGCUCAUUCAUGAACCUCGUGCUCCCUCUCCUUCUCUCUCCGGCUUCAACACACCACUCUCUGAUCCUCCAUCUUUUCGGCGGCUCGAUGCAGAAACCCCCUGCACCCCGGAAAUGGACCUGACCCCAACUCAAUGCGUCCUUCGCAAUGUCCUCUCCAUAGAUACUGGGGGUGCUAUUGAACCCAGGGGUGGAGGAGAAGAGGGGCAGACUACUGGGCAAAAUCAGACACCAGGCGAGGAACAACACGAACACUUUGCCAACAGUGUCCUGAAGCUCCACGAGCAUGAUGGGAGUCCUGGACGGACAGAGGGAGAGGGGCAGGAGUUGGACAGCAGCACAGUCAGGAGCCAGGUGGAUGAUGCCAGGUUACAGUGCCAAUCUACUGGAGGGGGAGGGGGGUUCCUGGAGGGGUUGUUUGGAUGUCUGCGGCCUGUCUGGACUAUGAUUGGCAAAGCCUACUCCACAGAGCACAAACAUGACCUGGACGAGGCAUGGGAGGUCCCGUUUGAAGAGAUAUCAGACCUGCAGUGGGUGGGCAGCGGAGCCCAGGGCGCCGUCUUCCUGGGUAGACUGCAUGGGCAGGAAGUGGCUGUAAAGAAAGUGAGAAACAUCAAAGAGACAGACAUCAAGCACCUGCGCAAGCUCAAACACCCCAACAUCAUCACUUUCAAAGGUAUUUGUACCCAGGCCCCAUGUUACUGCAUCAUCAUGGAGUACUGUGCCCAGGGACAGCUGUAUGAGGUGCUGAGAGCGGGCAGGAAGAUCACACCAUCCUUGCUCAUGGACUGGGCCAUGGGCAUCGCUGGGGGUAUGAACUAUCUUCACCUCCACAAGAUCAUCCACAGAGACCUCAAGUCACCUAACAUGCUGAUCACCUACGAUGAUGCUGUGAAGAUUUCUGAUUUUGGUACAUCCAAAGAGCUCAGUGAUAAGAGCACCAAGAUGUCUUUUGCUGGGACGGUGGCCUGGAUGGCUCCUGAAGUCAUUCGCAAUGAACCUGUCUCAGAGAAGGUGGAUAUUUGGUCAUUUGGUGUGGUGCUGUGGGAGAUGCUGACAGGGGAGGUGCCCUACAAAGAUGUGGACUCUUCUGCUAUCAUCUGGGGAGUGGGCAACAACAGCCUACAGCUGCCUGUGCCUGAUAGCUGUCCAGACAGCUUCAAACUACUCCUGAGGCAAUGCUGGAACUGCAAACCAAGGAACAGGCCUUCAUUUCGACAGAUUCUCCUGCAUCUGGACAUCGCCUCAGCUGAUAUCCUAUCUACUGCACAAGAAACUUACUUUAAGUCUCAGGCGGAGUGGAGAGACGAGGUGAGGCACCACUUUGAGAAGAUCAAGUCUGAGGGCACGUGUCUUCAUAGGCUGGAUGAGGAGCUGAUCAAACGACGCAGAGAAGAACUCAGACAUGCACUGGACAUCCGGGAGCACUAUGAGAGGAAACUAGAGAGAGCCAACAAUCUCUACAUGGAGCUCAGUGCCAUCAUGCUGCAGCUGGAGAUCAAAGAGAAAGAACUGCUCAAGAGGGAGCAGUCACUGGACAAGAAGUACCCAGGCUGCUUCAAGCACCACAGUCCCAGGCAGUCAGCCUCCUACAACUCCAUGGAGAAACUCAUGAAGAAACGCAACGUACCUCAGAAACUACCCUCACACAGCAAGAGACCAGACUUACUAAAGUCAGAGAUCAUCCUCCCCAAACUGGACUCAUCCAUGACCCAGGUCACAAUCCCCAACAAAGGCUCUACCUCCCCUGGCCGCUCACGCCGGGGAAAACCCCGCUACAGAAAGGCUGGAAAAGGCAGCAGUGGGGACUUGGCUCAGCUAAAAGCUACCCUGUCUUCAUCUUUAGCCAUGGUCAAUGCCACAUCCUCUGUUCCCAGCAGUAAGCACCAUCUAGAUCCAAGUGCAGCCCUCAGAGGCUUGCAGCAUGACCUGCUGCUCAAGAAGAUGUCCUCCUCUAGCCCUGAUCUCAUUUCAACCACCCUGGAAGCUGAAGGCCGGAGAAAGGGGCAGGUGAGGCCAGGGCUGGACAGAGCGGGCAGUCAGAGUGCCUCAGCCGGUCUGGGGGAGAGCAGAAGGACUGAGGGGCCAAAUGUGGGUAUAGGGACAGAUGACCUGGUAGAAACACCUCCACGCAGUGACACGCCUAGCGAAGAUGCAGCUUCUAUUCCGUUCUCCAGUAGCCCUGACUCGCCAUGUGGCAGAAGGGCAGCUUCAGGCAGGGCGUCUGUGCUCGGGAGCCCCCAUGUCCCCCAGGAAGGCGAGGAGAAGGAGGAUGGGACAGUGAUCACGCGCUCACCCAGAAGUCAACGCCUCACACCUGCAGCACUGCUAUAUCGGGCAGCAGUCACACGGAGUCAGAGACGUGGAUUGUCAUCAGAGGAAGAAGAAGGAGAAGUGGACAGUGAAGUGGAGUUGCCAAGAAGAAGGCGUCCUGUGAGCAUGGCCAAAUGUCAGUCGCUGUCCACCUUUAGCUCAGAGAACUUGUCGGUCUCAGAUGGCGAGGAGGGAAAUACGACUGACCACUCCCACAGUGGCACACCAGACGUGGUCAGCACCAACACUGAUGAGCGUCUAGACGACAAGAGUGACGACCUGCUGUCUCAGGGAUCAGAGAUUCCCGCUGACCCAUCUGACCCAACCCAGAUGGGCUCCGACGGAUUGUCUGAGAAGGAGGCUAUUCUACGACAAGUCAAAACCCAGCUUACUUCAAAUGACCAUAAUUAUGAGGGUCAGUAUGAUGACUCGGACUGUGACAGUGCAGAGCUGGACCAUUCAGGCAGUGCAGAGCCCAACCAACCUCCAACCAACUGGUGAUAGCUUGACACCUCAACCCACUCUGAGAACUA